AUAGUAUUUAGCAGGAAGGGAAGGCCUCCGCAAUAACAGGAAACUAAGAGCAGAGUCCUAAACGGAAAGAGGGAGGAGACUGCUGCAGCAGUAGCUACUGGUGGGAGCCUAAUGUGGCAGAGGGGCUGCCGACACCUACGCGGAGGCUGAGGGCCCCCAAAAGGAGUGCUGGAGGUACCACCGCCAACCUCCUCGCCUACCCCUCUGCCCUCCUGACGCGAUCCUCGCCUACGGGGGGUCUUCCCCUCCCAGCACUUGCAAGCUGCCGGCUCAUCGCCUGCCAAUCCUCCUUGGACACAGGCUCACCGCAAAAGAAGCUGCGAGGUGUCCGAUUUGGGCACUUGAGGCCCUAGAUCCGGGGCGGUGGACGCCAGGCAAGGCAAGACAUGAAAACCGUCAACUCACAGGAGGCCGAAGGGCAACAAACCAGGGCAGUUGCAGGACGGGCCACUGGGUGUGCAAACAUGACGAAGAAAAAAGCCUCCCAAAAGAAGCAGAGAGGCAGACCUUCGUCCCAGCCCCGCAGGAACAUCGUGGGCUGCAGAAUUUCACACGGGUGGAAGGAAGGCGAUGAGCCCAUCACCCAGUGGAAAGGAACCGUUCUGGAUCAGGUGCCUAUAAAUCCUUCUCUUUAUCUGGUGAAAUAUGAUGGAAUUGACUGUGUCUAUGGACUGGAACUUCACAGAGAUGAAAGAGUUUUGUCUCUUAAAAUUCUUUCCGACAGGGUGGCAUCAUCUCAAGUCAGUGAUGCAAACCUUGCAAAUACCAUAAUUGGUAAAGCUGUGGAACAUAUGUUUGAGGGUGAGCAUGGUUCUAAGGAUGAAUGGAGAGGAAUGGUCUUAGCCCAAGCACCUAUCAUGAAAGCCUGGUUUUAUAUUACCUAUGAGAAAGAUCCUGUCUUGUACAUGUACCAGCUUCUAGAUGAUUAUAAAGAAGGAGACCUCCGUAUCAUGCCAGAGUCCAGUGAGUCUCCUCCAGCAGAGAGGGAGCCAGGAGGAGUUGUAGAUGGCCUGAUAGGUAAACAUGUGGAGUAUACCAAAGAAGAUGGCUCCAAACGGAUCGGCAUGGUCAUUCACCAAGUGGAAGCCAAACCUUCUGUGUAUUUCAUCAAGUUUGAUGAUGAUUUCCAUAUCUAUGUCUAUGAUUUGGUGAAAAAGUCCUAACUGUUAGGGUAAACUUUGCCACAUUUGUGGAAACAAGUGUGUACUUUGUAGACAUGCAAAAUAAUGUUACUUUUCAGUGUAUCGAAAGCUUAAGGGUCCCUGUUAAUUCGACAUCUUUGCCAGCAUAACUAUUGUUUUGUUCUGAAAAAUACAAAUUUGUGUGGACAUGACAUGCUGUGUGUAAGGAAUUUAUCAUGUUGAAAAGAUUGGGUGUGUUUGGUGGAUGGGACAUGAAAGGAAGGAACAGCUGUAAAUUCAGGCUGCGAAUAAAGUUCAGCCAGUACCAUAAUCAGUCAUCUAAAAAUGAAAUAGGACU